AUGAAUGAAGGAGCGCUUCACGUAUCAGCUGAUUCGAAACGACAAUCUAAUUCAGCCGAGGGAAUUUCAAAUCGUUUAUCAGAAUGUCUACAUCUGGUGUAUUAUUGCAGAAGUCAUUUUAGCGAGUCUGAUCUACCUCCCACAGACGACGAAGACGAGACACUCGAUACUAAAUCAGGUCCUUUCUCCCCUGAAAAUGGUCGAGGUCGUUUUCGAUCCUUUUCCUGUUCAGCAAAUUAUUCCACCCCAAGAAAUAAUUCGGCGAAGGAAAAGACGGGAAACUUGCUGCUUGAAGAAAAACAAGUAGAUGAAAAGAAAAAUAACGAAGAGUUGCAAAAUCCAGGUAAAUCGACGAGUAAUAAACCAAACAAUCUUGAUCCGAAUCCAAUUCGCCCAUCAAUAGCUUUGGACCUCCUUCCCAGCGACGAGGAAGACGAAGUAUUCGAUGAUGAAACUGUUUGUUUUCCCGCUGGCGAAACUGAGCAAGGCCGUUUCAAAAUGGAGGUGAGUUCGCCUGUUUCCUUGCUCCAGAGACCUUGCUCCCAUCUUCAAAACGACAAAGCUUUAAGCGGAGCUCACGGAGAAGAAAAUUACCACGGGAAACUAAAAACGAACGGUAUUCAAGGAGUUGGGGAACACCUGAAAAAUAUAUUGCCAGUGCCAGCUGACAUACCACGAAGAGCCCGAGCCAAUUCAACCGAUCGCGAAAAAAUUCGCGAAAAUCUACAUCCAAAACUUCGCAAGCGCAGGUCAAGCGAAUCUGAUAUUCCUCAAGGCAACGAGACGACAAGUCGUGAUCAUCCUUCACAAGGAAGAACGCGAGCUGGCAGUUGCCAUACUCCCUCCAGCUUCGGGGACUAUUUUAUCCGCCGAAGUCGUGGUAAGCUGACAGAAAACGCUAGCAAGCUGUCCGCAGAAGAAAUUCAUUCUCUGGAACUCGACAUUUUCAAACCGAUCGAUUUUUAUGAAAUAUUAUUUGAGAGAAUGCAAGUUAAAGGGGCAAAAACUGCUGCUUAA